UGUUGCUAUCAGCUGCCUGGAUCUGCUGCCAACCCGCACUAUCUUCCCUGAUAUUAUCUGAGUGGAUUUCACUAUCUCUCUCAGCCAAAAGCCGACCAGCCCUGCUGCCAAUCAGACCUCCAAAAAGCACGACAAAGAGCCUGCCAAACCUGCCAUAGCCACCGCCCACGAGCACUGCAACAACUUCGCCUGACAUCCCUCCGCCGAUCACGAAAUUAAAAUGGCUGCGCCGACUCAGCUUGCCUUCCGUACGUCCAAAACGGUGGGCGUGUUCGACGCCACGCCCGUCUACGAGAACCUGCCUGGCUUCGAGCGCCCCGAAGGCAACCUACGCUGUUGUGUCUACUCUCCGGAUGGACGCUUCUUCGCAUGGGCUUCACCAGAGUCUGUAACAGUCAUCGACUCGUCCGUGGGCCACGUAGUCACGACGCUUCCUGCCGAAAACGUGUACGAGCUCGGUUUUUCGCCCCUGGGUACUUUCAUCAUCACUUGGCAACGACCAUCGAAGGAUGAGGAGGGUAACGCGACCAAGAAUCUCAAGGUUUGGCGCACAAUCGAUGACAAUGCAGGCGAGGACGGCGAGCGCGCAGUCGUUGGAAAAUUUGUGCAGAAGAGUCAAACGGGCUGGAACCUGCAAUACAGCCCCGAUGAGCAGUUUUGCGCGCGAUGCGUCACCAACGAGGUGCAAUUCUACGAAAGCAAGGACCUGGGUACCGUCUGGCAGAAGCUUCGCAUCGAGGGCGUUAGCGACUUUGCGCUCACCCAGGGCAAGACACAUUCAGUUGCUGUUUUCAUCCCGGAGCGCAAAGGCCAGCCCGCUGCUGUGAAGGUAUUCAAGGUGCCAGAAUUUGGAUCCCCUGUCUCCCAGAAAACUUUUUUCAAGGGCGACAAGGUUCAGCUCAAGUGGAACCAAGAAGGCUCCAGCUUGAUUGUGCUCGCCCAGACCGAGGUGGACAAGAGCAAUAAGAGCUAUUAUGGAGAGACCAACAUGUACAUUCUCAGCGCCAAUGGAGGGUUCGACUCGCGCAUUACCCUGGACAAAGAAGGCCCUAUCCACGAUGUGACUUGGUCGCCCAACUCGAAAGAAUUCGGUGUUGUGUACGGCUACAUGCCUGCGAAGACGACCAUCUUCAACCAGCGUGCCAUUGCACAGCAUAGCUUCAACCUUGGACCGAGAAACACCAUCAUCUUCUCUCCGCACGGUCGAUUUGUUCUCGUAGCCGGCUUUGGAAAUCUGGCAGGUCAGAUGGACAUCUAUGAUUUGGAGAAGAAUUACGAGAAGGUUUGCACUAUCGAAGGUAGUAAUACUUCAGUCUGCGAGUGGAGUCCUGAUGGCAAACACAUCCUUACUGCUACCACGAGCCCUCGCCUCCGUGUGGACAACGGCAUCCGUAUCUGGCAUGUGACUGGUGGACUCAUGUACAACGAGGAGCACCACGAGCUGUAUCACGUUAUCUGGCGGCCGGCGACUCUCCCGCUAGAGAAUCCUCUCCAAGCCGGUCCGCCUCACGCCUCGGCACUCGAGUUUCUUGGUAAGAUGAAGACUCCUUCGAAGCCGGCUGGUGCGUAUCGGCCUCCCGGGGCCCGUGGAACAGCGACACCACUGUCUUUCAAGCGUGAGGAUGAAGGAGGUGCUGCUUUUGUCAGGGAGAUGAUGUCAGGAAAAGAGCAGCCAGCUGCGUUUGGCCCUCGUGCGCCUCGUGUGCGCAAUGUGCCUGGCGCUGAGCCCGUGGAUCCGAAGCAGUUGCCGCCUGGCGCUGCCCCUGGUGGAGGAGUGGCUUUGGCGCAAGAUGGCGACGAGAACUUGAGCAAGGCAGCGCUCAAGAACAAGAAGAAGCGUGAGGCUAAGAAGGCCAAGGACGCUGAAGCGAAGGCUAACGGACUCGCUCCUGCUCAAAACGGCGAUGUUAAUGGCAACUCGGUCGAGGGCGAGCAGCGCGCGCGUAGUCGUUCGAACGCCGGGAAUGCUAAGGGCUCCCGGCCGCAGUCUCGUCGACGCGACGGUGCCGCACCUGGACGCGUUCCGGCAGCGCCCAUGUCCAUGGAUACCACACCUCCCAAGCAAACGAAUGGCACUCCCACUCAGACCGUCAAGCCUCCGGAGGUGGAAGUGACGUCGCCUGGCAUCGGCGGUCCCAACGAGAAGAAGAUUCGCUCCCUGCUGAAGAAGCUGCGCGCUAUUGACGACCUGAAGAUGAGGCAGGCGGGUGGUGAGAAGCUCGAGGGUACUCAGGUGCUCAAGAUCGGCACAGAAGAGCAGGUGAGAAAGGAACUCGCUGCGGUUGGGUAUCAUGGUGAUUAGACGUGCUCUCCUCUCACUGGAGGUGGGUGACACUAUGUAUGUCCACGUAGCAGCAACGCAACCCGCAAGAUCGCAGUCGAUCGCGGAAGACAAAAGCUGGGCAGAAAAUGCCUGUAUAAACCAGUUUCAGAC